UUAAAAAAAGGGAAGCUGGUCCUAUUUUAGAACCCUUUUUAGGCUGUCUCUCCUCUCCCCAAUCAGGUGGUGGCAGGACUUGCUGGCCCAGGAAUCUCUCCUGCUUGGCUUUUCUUGAAGAGAGCUGCCUAAGGUGGUCAACAUCCUGAAAAGUAGACCCUCUUCCAUACAGGAACCAUUGUCUCUGGAGGCCUCUCUGAAAUUAAUUGGCAAGAAGGACGUGGCACCUCAACAACUGUAGAGAUUUGUGGGGUUAAAAACAUCAGGAUAAGCCAUUAACGAGUAAUAAAGCUUCCGGGAGGGCCCUAGAGGACCCACAUGUUAGAUCUUGACACAAGACUCUAGCAGUCAUGGCAUUUACUAAUUACAGCAGUCUGAAUCGAGCUCAGCUGACAUUUGAAUACCUCCAUACAAAUUCAACUACCCAUGAGUUCCUGUUUGGGGCCCUUGCUGAGCUCGUAGACAAUGCCAGAGAUGCUGAUGCCACCAGAAUAGACAUUUAUGCAGAGCACCGGGAGAACCUCCAGGGAGGCUUCAUGCUCUGUUUUCUGGAUGAUGGCGCAGGAAUGGAUCCAAGUGAUGCUGCUAGUGUGAUACAGUUUGGGAAAUCAGCCAAGCGGACUCCUGAAUCCACUCAGAUUGGGCAGUACGGAAACGGCUUGAAAUCGGGGUCCAUGCGUAUCGGGAAGGAUUUUAUUCUGUUCACCAAGAAGGAUGAUACCAUGACCUGCCUCUUCUUGUCUCGGACAUUUCACGAGGAGGAAGGCAUUGAUGAGGUGAUUGUCCCACUGCCCACCUGGAAUUCCCGGACUCGCCUGCCCAUUACAGAAAAUAUGGACAAGUUUUCCACCGAGAUUGAGCUCAUCUACAAGUAUUCACCCUUCAAAUCUGAGCAGCAAGUAAUGGAUCAAUUUAAGAAGAUCUCUGGGGAUUCGGGAACACUGGUUAUCAUCUUUAACCUCAAACUCACAGACAAUGGCGAGCCUGAGCUGGACAUUAUGUCGGACCCCCGGGACAUCCAGAUGGCAGAGACCUCCCCUGAGGGCACGAAGCCUGAGCGCCGCUCUUUCCGUGCCUAUGCUGCUGUCCUCUACAUCGACCCCAGAAUGAGGAUAUUCAUCCAUGGCCACAAGGUGCAGACCAAGAGACUCUCCUGCUGUUUGUACAAGCCCAGGAUGUACAAGUACACCUCCAACCGCUUCAAGACAAGGGCCGAACAGGAGGUGAAGAAAGCGGAGCACGUGGCCCGAAUAGCGGAAGACAAGGCUCGAGAGGCCGAGAACAAAGCCCGAGCGUUAGAACUGAGACUCGGAGGAGACCUCACCCGGGAGUCCAGGGUGGCCUUACGGCAGGUCCAGGGCACAGCCAUUAACUUGCGCAGGGAAGCCGACAUCAAGAAGCGCAUCAGAGAAGCCAAACAGCGGGCCCUAAAGGAACCUAAGGAACUGAACUUUGUCUUUGGGGUGAACAUAGAGCAGCGGGAUUUGGAUGGCAUGUUUAUAUAUAAUUGUAGUCGCCUGAUUAAGAUGUACGAGAAGGUGGGCCCACAGCUCGAGGGUGGCAUGGCCUGUGGAGGGGUAGUUGGGGUGGUGGAUGUCCCCUAUCUGGUUUUGGAGCCCACCCACAACAAGCAGGACUUUGCUGAUGCCAAGGAGUAUCGUCAUCUGCUGAAAGCCAUGGGCGAGCACUUGGCCCAGUACUGGAAGGACGUGGCCAUUGCCCAGCGAGGAAUCAUUAAAUUCUGGGAUGAGUUUGGCUACCUCUCAGCCAACUGGAGCCAGCCUCCAUCCAGUGAGCUUCGUUACAAACGCAGGAGGGCAAUGGAGAUUCCCACCACCAUCCAGUGCGAUUUGUGUCUGAAGUGGCGGACGCUGCCCUUCCAGCUGAGCUCUGUGGAGAGGGACUACCCGGACACGUGGGUGUGCACCAUGAACCCCGACGCUGAGCAGGACAGCUGCAGCGCAUCUGAGCAGAAGCAGAAGGUGCCUCUGGGGACCCUGAAGAAAGACUUCAAGUCCCAAGAGGAGAAGCAGAAGCAGCUGACGGAGAAGAUCCGGCAACAGCAGGAGAGGCUGGAGGCUCUGCAGAAGACGGUCCCUAUCCGCUCCCCGGCUGACCUGAAGAAGCUACCCCUAGAAGUGAGUGGCAGGCCUGCGAUGGAGGAGUCCCACACCAUCCGCCGAGUCUCGCGCCCCAGGUCCCCCCCGCUGCCGGCUGUGAUUAAGAACGCUCCGAGCCGCCCCCCCCCCCCCCCCCCCCCCCCCCCCCCAAAGGGGGGGUCAACCUUCCAGGCCAGAAGGGGCCCUCUGUCCAUCUCCCCGAGACCGGCCCACUCGGCAGCCCAGGAGGAGGCCAGCACGUCCCGGAUGUCCCCAUCCACUCUGGCUCCCCGGAAGCCCAGCAGCACCAUUGUCAAACCGGCUCCCAGAGUGGUCUCCGUGGUGAGGUCCCCCUCAUCGCUUGUGCUGAAUUCCAGGCCCCCCCGUGACGUGCCCAUCCCCAAACCGGUGAAGACCCCAGUGCUCAAGAAGCCAGACCCGCCCAGUAAACCUCAGCCUAUCGUCAGUGCCCGCAAGAGAAGCUUCGCCCUGACGGAGGACGAGGCUGAAGAAGACGGAGACCGGAGGAAGGAGAAAUCCAAGCGGGGCAAAGUCCUCGUGGUGAAAGACGAGAAGAAGGAGUCGAGCGAACUCUCGGACAGCGCCAGCGAAGAAGAUUUGGCCGAACUGAAAAAAGCCCAGAAAGACAAAGGGCUCCACGUGGAGGUCCGCGUGAACAGGGAGUGGUACACGGGCCGGGUGACUGCCGUGGAGGUGAGCAAGCACGUGGUGCGCUGGAAGGUGAAGUUUGACUACGUGCCCACAGACACGACGCCCAGAGACCGCUGGGUCGAGAAAGGCAGCGACGACGUGAGGCUCAUGAAGCCCCCCUCGCCCGAGUACCAGAGCCCCGACACGCAGCAGCAGGGGGACGAAGACGUGAUCGCCAUCGAGCCCUCCACCUCCGACUGUAUCCGCAUCGAGCCCGACACCACCGCCCCCGGCAACAGCCACGAGGCCGUGGACCUGCUGGUCCAGACCCUGCGGAAUUGUCUCCGCUACUUCCUGCCUCCCAACUUCCCCAUCUCGAAGAAGGAGCUGAGUUCGAUGAGCCCAGAGGAGCUGAUGGCCUUCCCUUUGAAGGACUAUUUCAAGCAGUACGAGGUGGGGCUGCAGAACCUGUGCAACUCGUACCAGACCCGGGCCGAUGCCCGCGCCAAGGCCUCCGAGGAGAACCUCCGCGCCUCCGAGAGGAAGCUUCGAGAGACCGAGGAGAAGCUGCAGAAACUGAGGACCAACAUCGUGGCCCUGCUCCAGAAAGUGCAAGAGGACAUCGACAUCAAUACUGACGACGAGCUGGACGCCUACAUCGAGGACCUCAUCACCAAGGGAGACUGAGCGAGGUGCCAGCGGGGCGGCCUGGAGGCGGGCACCACGGCCGGGGCGGCCCCGGGCGGCCGCAGAGGAUGGCGCCUGGCCUGGCACGCCGGAGCGGGGCAGCAUCUCCUUCUCGGGCUCAGACCCACCUGGGACACCUGGGUUGUUGCAAAGGAAGCUUUGAAACCGUGUAGUUCUUCAGAUUUCCCUCCUUUUGUUUAUAAAUAUUUAUUUUUAAAGAAACGAGGCCCCGCGAGGUAAUGCUUUCUCAUUUCUAGCAGUGGGAUCGGCCUUCCCGGAGGCCCAAUCCUCUCCCCGGCCCUGUGCCCCUGCCUGGGCACGGAAGGGGGCAGGAGACAGACUCGGCCAAGCCCCGUUUCUGACCUCGGAGGAGGAGUGAGGAAGAAGCCGACGUGGGCCGGGCGUCCUCCCGAGCCAUUGGCAGCGGCCUUAGCGGACUCUCGCCGACCUGCUGCCAAUAAAAGGUU